CACAGUUUAGUUGAAGGUUCCUAUUGGGGCUCCGCACUGUUUGGUUUUGUUGUUUUAAUUUCCAUCCAUGUUGUGCGCAAGUGUUUUCCUUUUGGUCAUGGCUGGCUGGUCGACCAAUGCAGAUAAAAUGAGAUGUUUCUGCAACUCCGAAAGGUGUAUUAGAGGAUUUUGCUACACGCAUGUUGGGUGCUACAUCAAUGUUCUGGCACCGACAGACCGCGUUAAUCAAACGCGUAUCAGAUAUGGCUGCCUCGUUGGUAAUACAACACAAUGCAGGAACACCAAUACAUCGAGAUCUCUGUGUUGCAAAAAACAAGAAUUUUGUAAUAUGCCGAUGCCUCUCAGAGAUGCUGUUUUGAGAAGAUCAGACAACAAACAAGUUAAUGACGUCAUAAAACCAUCCUGUGGAGCGUCUGCAAUCCGACAAGCCAGCGUCAUCAUCCCAAGCAUCCUCAUUGCUAUCAUCCUUCUUCUGUCGAUUUUAAUCUUCAUUGAAUGGCAAAGAAACCACAAGCGCUACAAACAACAACUCUCCAAUAAAUCGUUUACUAUUUUGAUUCCUGGACAAAGCUCAGUUUAACGACUACUAGUUUUGAUAUCCAUAGAGAUAAAUAUUUUCAUAAAAAAGUGAUUGAAUGCACAAAAUAUUUAAGUUUAAUAAGCGCUUAGUCAGCGAACUCAGUAUUAAAAUCAGUAUAACUGAUCAGAU